ACUAGCGUAUCUGUCGCGCCUGUAGCAACGACUGGUACCACACCACAUCCCACAUUACCGCGCACGACAACUCCAAGUCCAUCUCUUCAAAAUUCGGCGACAUCGGUCGCUGUCUUCCAGUCGGCCAUUGCGUCUCCUUCCGUUGGUGGCCAACCCGACGGAUUUCCAAAUCCUAGUGUUCCGCAACUGCAAAGCAUCGAGGACCAAGCACACGGUCUGUUGAUUGAGAUGGAACCGCCUCACGCUAUUAGCCAGGAUAGUUUGACCAGUCUUCAAUUGAUGGCAUCAAGCGAGCUCCUCAAGGUUACUUUCUUCUCUGAUCUGCUCACCAAUACGACGAAUCGAAUCGAAGGCUAUGAAAUAGCGGAGAGUCACCGCCAGAGCAGGCUCAUCGACGCGCUCAUCACCAUCCGGAGUCAAGAGGAGCUGCACGGACUGUAUGCCAACCGACUCCUUCAAUAUUCGGGCAAAAACGCGGUUUCUCCAUGCAGCUAUUCGUUCCCCGUCUCGGCACUGGCGGAUGCGAUAACCCUAGGAAGCAUGCUCACCAGCAUCAACAUGGCUACCCUACAGGACGUUGCCCAGCGUUUUGCAAAGAAUGGAGACAUAUGGCUAAUUCCCAUUGUGAUGUCCAUUCUGGGGCAAGAAGCAGAGCAAGAAGGGUUUUAUCGCCUCGUUGAAGGUAAACUACCCAGCGAGCUUCCCUUCUUGACUGGUGGCCAGCGGGAUCUAGCCUUCAGUGCAAUUCAACAGUACAUCGUUCCUGGUUCUUGCCCCGGUCAAGAAACCAUAUCCCUUCGAAAAUUUGAGGCGCUGGAACUUCUCAGCCAGCCAGUAGCCGAGACUUCCAUCAUUCAAUUGAGGUUUACCAGUACCGCCAGCACUCCAAAGAAUCUCACGGCGACCUUUAUAAAUCAGCAGAACCGACCAGUCACUGAGCCGAUCACGAUCCGCCAGGUCAACAAUAUGGAGGCGACUGCCGAGGUCGUCUUUCCGUAUGGGACGAAUGAAAUGAAUGGAUUAACCAUUCUCACCUUGACCCGCACCAUGGGGCCUUUUGAAAACAUCGACGCGGUGGUGGAUGCGACGGUCUUUGGACCUGCUUUUAUCGUUGUUGAAUAA